GGGAGGAGGCCCGCAGGAGGCAGGGAGGCCGCCCUGGCCUCCAAGAGGAAAAAAAGGUACCGGGCUGGGCCGGCUGCUUCGUGCAGACCGAGUCGCGUGUUCCUUAACCAGGGGGCUGGGUCCAGAGGAGGUGUGACUUAGCAGCUCGUCACCUGCGCAGGCCGCGGUGACGCCAGCACAGGGACUCGGGGAUCUAAACAAAGUGAACAGAAAAGGCCCAGGGAGGGCCCCAGGCCCAGGAGUUACUCAGCUGUGCUGAUCCGUGGGACCCACAGGCCUGUCACCCCGGAAUCACGUCAUCUCGCAGCACACGCCCUUGGCCUCAGCGACGCCUGAGCAGGUGGAUUUUAUGCCCAGAUGUCCCCGAAAAUACAGGCACAGGGAGGUCAGGUGUCCUGUCACACAGCGGCCGAAGGUGCAGUGUCUCCAACUCGUCAUACUUACUCGGAGUCUGACCUCCCACCCGAGGCUGCGCAUGCUGCGGAGCCGAUCUGGCCCUGGAUCCCAUGUGAACACAGCAAAGUCACAUCCCACUCAUUCGACUCUUUCUCCAAUUCCCAUCCCCCUCCCCUCCCUUCAUCCCCUUCCCCUAAUCCAGUGAACUUCUAUUCUUCUCCCCCACCCCCACUUAUUGGGUGUUAGUGUCCACAUAUCAGAACAUCUGGCCUUUGGUUUUGGGGAUUGGCUUGUUUCACUUAGCAUGAUAGUGUCCAGUUCCAUCCAUUUAGUGACAAAUGCCAUAAUUUCAUUCUUCUUUCUGGCUGAGUAAUAGUCCACUGUGUAUAUAGAGCACAGUUAGCUAUUGUGAAUCGAGCUGCUAUAAACAUUGAUGUGGCUGUGUCCCUGUAGUAUACUGUUUUUAAAUCCUUUGGGUAUAGACUGAGGGGUGGGAUAGCUGGAUCAAAUGGUGGUUCCAUUCCAGGUUUUCUGAGAAAUCUCCAUGUGCUUUCCAGAGUGGCUGCACCAAUUUGCAGCCCCACCAGCAGUGUCUGAGUGUGCCUUUCCCCACAUCCUCGCCAGCAUGUACUGUUGCUUGUACUCUUGAUCGUUGCUGUUGGGACUGGAGUGAGGUGGAAUCUCAGUGAGUCUGUUUUGCAUUUCUCUGAUUCCCAGAGACGGUGAACAUUUCUUCACAUACUGUGGACCGUUUGUCUUUCUUGUCCCGUGAAGCGUCUGCUCGGUCCUUGGCCCAUUCCGGCUGUUCCUGUGUGUGGAGUUGUGGAGUCCAGCUCUACCUGAGGGGCAGUGGCCGCCUGACCCCGGGAGCCAUGGCCGAGGCCGAGAGGCUGCCCCCGCCGCUGCCCCCGCGACUGGACUGGUUUGUGCACACACAGAUGAGCCAGCUGGCCCAAGGCAGUGUCCCCGAGUGGUUCCACGGUGCCAUCUCACGAGAGGCUGCUGAGGACCUGCUGGCGUCAGAACCACUGGGGUCCUUUCUCAUCAGGGUCAGUCACAGCCACGUGGGCUACACUCUUUCCUACAAGGCCCCGAACUGCUGCCGCCACUUCAUGGUGAAGCUCUUGGACGACGGGAGCUUCGUGAUCCCUGGGGAGAAGGCGGCGCACGCCUCGCUGGACGCCCUGGUCACCUUCCACCAGCAGAAGCCGAUUUGGCCCCACGAGGAGCUGCUGACCCAGCCCUGCGGGCAGAAGGAUCCGGCAAACGUGGAUUAUGAGGAUCUCUUCCUUUACUCCAGUGCACUGGCAGAGGAGGCCACCAGGCCUGUCCCUGGCCUCGGGGAACAUCAAAGACCUUCCUCCUGCUCAGUGGCUGCACCUGAGAAGGUCCCCUUGAGGCCAGCCCUGCCCCACCCCGGGACGGCGAGGAAGCCCUCUGCAGAGCCGGGCAGGGCGCCCCCCGGGGAAGCCGCUCCCUCCUGCCCCCCGAGGACGCCCUUCAGGGAGGCCGGGCAGAGGCUCUGGAGCAGCCUCAAGGCGCUGCCCGCGUCGGGCCGCAUCGCGCAGCCGCAGUUCCGCUCCGCCCUGGCGGCCCUGAGGUCGUCGCUCCAGGAGGCCAGGCCGGCUCGGGGGACCCCCGGCCCCAGGCCCCGGGCGGACAGCAGGAAGCACCCAGGCGAGGCGGCCUGGAAGGACAGUGUCUCCGGGGACCCGUGUGUGGCCACAGCCUCUGACCCCUCGCAGCCCCAGGCCCCAAGACCCAGGGACGCCUCCGCCAGGAAGGCCGCCAGGCCCGUGAGCUGGAGCGGGGCCACCCCGGCGGCUAGGGGCUGGCACCCAUUGUUGGCGAGGGCCCUGUCUUCCCGGGAGGCCACGCCGGGGCCCGACGACGUGGCCGAGCCCGCGGAGGACCUGCUGCCCGAGGAGUACCUGCCGCCGCCGCCCUUCGCCCCCGGGUACUGCUAGGGGCGCUCUCCAGCUCCAGGACCAUGGCCAGGGGCCGCGGCUCCGGGACCUCCCUUUGACACCGUCCCGCGCUGGAGCUUGGGGGAACCAGUCCUGCAGCUGCCAGCAGGACAGCCUGCUGAGUAAUAGUAUUCGCAGGUGCAGCCGCGCCAGGGUGCAGGCCUGGAAUCCCAGCAGCCCGGAGGCUGAGGCAGGAGGAUCGUGAAUUCAAAACCAGCCUCAACAACCCAGCAAGGCCCUGGCUCAAAAAUAUAAAAAGGUCUGGGGGUGCAGCUCAGAGGUAGCGUCCCCGGGUUCAGUCCCAGUAGGACCAGCAGCAACAGUGAUAAUAAUAGUCAGUCAUGGGGUGGCUUGAGAUGCCUACUGUGUGCUAGGCCCAGUGCCAGACCCUCAUCUGAGGUCCAUACCUCCAGUUCGACCAACCACAGAUAAAAAAUAUUAAAGAAAAAAUUUUACCUAUCCCGA